AUGGACGUGUUUGAUAAUUAUUGUCCUAGUUCUCAGGCUCUAACAUUUUUUGAUCCGGACGAAGGUCUAAUUGGUGCUGAUACCCAAGGACCGGACUUUGACGUGAUUGACUUUACUUUACCGACACAGUCGCAAACGCAGUCCUCACAUAUUGAUGUCAAGUCUAGUGUUGACAAUGAUGAUUCAAUUUCUACAGAUCCCAAUAAGAAUGUUGAACGUCUUGUCGAGGAUGUUGAUAAUCUGAACCUACGUGCUUUGGAUGAUGAUGCAGAAACGAUGGUUGAGGAACUUCCAGAACACGCAUGUGCCUAUUGUGGCAUUAGUGACCCAGCCCAUAUUGUCAACCACCUCGUCCGAUCAAGAUACAAGGAGGUUUCACUCCACAAAGACAGUCCACUAAAGGACACUAUUCUAGAAUGCUAUGUGUGCGGUUCCCGAAAUGUAUUUCUUCUUGGUUUUGUGCCGGCAAAGGCAGAAUCAGUAGUGGUGUUACUGUGCAGACAUCCUUGCGCAAACCAAAAUAAGGACAUGAAUUGGGACCCAACUCAAUGGCAACCGCUUAUUCAAGAUCGACAAUUUUUGUCUUGGCUCGUUAAAGUCCCUAGUGAUGAAGAACAAGCAAAGGCGCGUCAAAUAUCUGCUCAACAAAUAAAUCGUUUGGAGGAGUUGUGGAAGGAAAAUCCGGAGGCCGAAGUUAUUGAUUUGGAAAAACCUGACUUCUCAGAUGAGGUUGCCUUGGAGAUGGAAUCUAUUCCCGAAAUGUUUACCAAUGCUCCCUCAUAUACAGUCGUGUUCAAAUGGAAGGGAACUACCUACGACAGGAUGAUUACUGCCGUCUUUAAUGUUAACAAAAAUUUGGAAGACUAUAUAAAGUUAAGGAUUCUCGGCCGUGAAAUGGAGGACAUGGUUUUGAAAUGCAAUCUCCCGAAGCGUUAUUCAGCUCCCGGACUUCCUGAGCUGAAUCACAGUCAGGUUUAUGCAGUGAAAACUGUUCUUCAGCGUCCUCUCAGUUUGAUUCAAGGUCCGCCCGGAACUGGGAAAACGGUUACUUCCGCCACAAUCGUGUAUCAUUUGAGCCAAAUACAUAAAGGAAAGGUUUUGGUUGUUGCUCCUAGCAACACAGCCGUUGAUCAGUUGUGUGAAAAGAUUGACCAAACGGGUCUUAAAGUCGUCCGAGUGUGUGCUCGUUCGAGAGAGGCGUUGGUUUCUCCAGUCUCGCGGUUAACUCUCCACGUUCAAGCUCAAAAUGUCAAUGGACAAACAGAACUGCGAAAGUUGCAACAACUAAAAGAUGAAGCUGGUGAAUUAAGUAAAGACGAUGAAAAUCGAUAUAGAACCUUGAAAAAGGCGUUGGAGGAUGAAAUCCUCCAUGCUGCGGACGUAGUUUGCUGUACAUGCGUGACUGCUGGAUCAAAACGAUUGUGGAUGAGUUUUCAUUCCGUACUGAUCGAUGAAUCAACACAAGCAACUGAGCCCGAAUGCUUAAUUCCUCUGAUGGUCGGAUGCCGUCAGGUAGUUCUCGUUGGCGACCACUGUCAACUGGGACCGGUUAUUACGUGCAAAAAAGCGGCCAAAGCUGGACUUACUCAAAGUCUCUUUGAGCGCCUCGUUCUCCUCGGUAUUCGUCCCAUCCGCUUGCAGGUCCAAUACCGUAUGCAUCCGGCGUUAUCUGCCUUCCCAAGCAACGUGUUUUAUGAGGGAAGCUUGCAAAAUGGUGUGACCACGGAGGAUCGCUGCAAAAAGAUUGAUUUUCCAUGGCCUAAUCCUGAUAGACCCAUGUUUUUCUACUGCACCACAGGUCAAGAGGAGAUAUCUGGUAACGGGGUCUCUUAUCUUAAUCGAACGGAAGCUGCGACUGUCGAGAAAAUUGUGACUAAAAUGCUGAAAGUGGGUGUUAAUCCUGCUACAAUCGGUGUUAUUACUCCUUACGAGGGCCAGCGUGCUUACAUUGUGCACUACUUCCACCAGUCUGGUUCGCUGAACUCCAAGCUUUACCAGGAGGUUGAAGUUGCUAGUGUGGACGCUUUCCAAGGUCGUGAGAAGGACUACGUAAUUCUCUCUUGUGUGCGUGCGAAUGAACAUCAGGGAAUAGGUUUUCUGAACGACCCACGACGUCUUAAUGUCGCUCUCACACGCGCUAAGUUUGGCAUGAUCGUUGUUGGCAAUCCCAAGGCUCUUUGCAAACAACCGUUGUGGAACCACUUGUUACACUUCUACAAGGAUCAGCAUUUGCUUGUCGAAGGUCCACUGAAUAACCUAACUGAAUACGUACUCAACUUUCCGAAGCCAAAGGUUCCAUAUAGUUACAAACCGGGAACCCAUAGUUUUAAUCAGUUGGCAGCGACGCUCGCCCAAGUUGCAGCGGACUCCCGUUCAAAGUUGGCUGCGCACCAAAGUGCCUUGGCUCAGUCCCAUGGAGCCGCCUCCUCGAAUUUUUCAACUCCAGCGAUAAACUUCAUGCAAGCAAUGGCAGCAGCGGCCGCUUCCUACUUCGGCACCGGUGGAGCUGGGAACCCUAAUGUCGUGAAUUCAGGGUCUUCAAACAAUACGGCCAAUCACGCUGCUGCCUAUGCGGUUGCAGCAGCCGCUGCUGCCCAUCAGGGUGUGGCUUUUCCGAGACCCGAUCACCAACCUGGGUUCGGCGCAGUCAAUCCAUACCUAUUCGACCAAAUGGGCUACAUUAGCCCCAACCAACAGUUUGCUACUGCAAAUGCAAAUUCCAACUUGCCUAUACCACUGAGCAUGAUGUACAAUCCAACUGGACGUUCGGGCCGAACACAGGACUCGAACUUCUAUGGAGCCAUGAGAACGCAGCAAGAUGUUGGGAUUGGUAUAACAAAUUCUCGCCCAUCUGGGUCCAUGGCUCCUCGCUACAACGCCUCUCGCCAGCAGCGCUUAGGAACAUCGGCCGCCAACCAGCAAAAUACAAUGAACACGCAGUCCGUAUUACUUUCUCAGGCAGCCGGUGCAAAUGUAAAUGGAAACGUUGUUGGUAUGCUCUCUCAACAAGGGGGUGCUAGCUGGUCCUCCAGCCGCUACGCUGUUGAUGGAUUUUCGGGUAAAAUAUCAGAAGGAACGAGUCAACAGGGCGUGGGUCAUAUGGAACUAACAGGCCUUUCCCAAGACAGUGUGGCGCUCGAUUUCACCUCAGGAGCUAGUCAAAUAGACAAUCUCCUCUUGUCUCAGGAUGCCGCAUUUCAGGGCCCUGCGGCCGGUGCGUUAUCCUCCGACAGGUCGGGCAAGAAUCCGCUCGGACUAACCAUCGAUGGCCUCGGCUUCACUGAUGUGCCCGAUACUAUUAAUGGUGCAGCAAAUGAUGUCUCUGGUCCCUCCGGAGCUCCUUUAUCACAGUUUUACGUCCGGAGGUAUGAUGUAAUUGUGCGCAAGAAGUUGAAGACGACACCCAACUUUGAAGAUGACUGUAGACUAUUCCUUUUCCCCGUAACUGUGUUGGCUUGUACCUGCUCAUGUGGGGGUCGGGUCAUAUCCGAUUUUGACCGGACGCUGUCCAAAUGCUUCAACGAUGACGGUCAGGUGAACCCUACUUGUCAUGGAAUUAUGGAAUCCGAUCCUGAAAUAACAAGUGAAGCUCGCAACAAGUUGAGCAUGCUGAAACAAACCUAUGGGUCUCUGGAAUUCGACAAGUAUAUCCCUCACUCACUGAAAAAUCCUUAUAUGUUAGAAUGGUGGGACAUCGCUCAUCGAGUCAUUACGUCCUGCAAUGUUCAUAGAGACACUUUGAAAAUGACCCUAUAUGGUAGCAAUUUUCAGCUCAGGGAUAGGGUCCCUGACUUCAUGUCAACUUUAAAUAGGCAUAAUAUCCCCAUGGUGAUCUUCUCGGCUGGCCUUGGGAAUAUUAUCGAAUGGAUAUUAGAAAAGGAAGGUCUUCUCUACGAAAAUGUUAAGGUCGCCUCCAACUUCAUGAAAUUCAAUGAAAAGGGGCUACUCGUCAGUUUCCAAUCGCCAUGCAUUCACACAUUUAACAAAACUUUUGGCGGCCUUGCUUUGAGCGAUGAGGAUCGUAGCGUUUUUUCGAAGAGGCGUUGCAUUAUGCUUCUGGGUGAUUCCCUAUUCGAUCAUCGUAUGGCCGACGGAUUGAUUGAAGAGGAUAUAAGGGAGGACAUUAGUGAAAGUAGCACAUCAGUCAUCCUUAAAAUUGGUUUCCUGAACGAAAAGAUAGAAACACUACUGGAUGAAUAUAUGAACCUCUAUGAUAUUGUUCUUACAAGCGACGGUGGCUUUGAACUUCCUUUGGAAAUUGUCAGCUGCAUUAUUGAGUCGGAGCAACCGAAGCGAAAGUGA